UUCUUUGCGCUUGACACAGGACAGUGUAUACAAGGCGUCAAAAAGAAACCAUUCCUACUCUUCCGUUCAGUGUCACGUUCACAUUCGGGGCGUAUUGCAGCAACUGUCACCAUGGUUCGCGAAGUUAAAGAUUUGGACGACUUCCGACAAAUUCUGAAGGAUGCCGGAGACAAACUGGUGGCUGUGGACUUCACAGCCACAUGGUGCGGACCCUGCAAAAUGAUGGGGCCGAUUUUUGAGAGUGAAUCGCAAAACCCUGCAAACAAGAAUGUGAUUUUUAUCAAAGUGGACGUGGACGAUUGCGAGGAUGUGAGCCUUAACCUCAAAAUCAACUGCAUGCCCACAUUCCAUUUUUACAAGAAUGGAGAAUUGGUGUCUGAAUUUUCUGGUGCAAACAAAGACAAACUUUUAGAAUGUCUGAUGAAGUACAGAACUUAGAAGAAAAAAACAGAAAAAGUUAUUUCUUAGAAGCCGCCUUUUUUUUGUCCUCUGUAUUCGCCGAGAACAUCCACAUAUGUACAAUGACCAGGUAGUCUAUUCCAUAACGACAACAUUUUAUUCCAUCUAACAUAAUUCAGUGCAUGGACCCUUUUCUGUAUUAUUCUUUCCAACAAGGUGGAUUUAAUAAAGCAUAACUUUGAAGCCCUUCGUA